GAUCCGCUCCAGCCCAAGCGCGCACGUCCGUCCGUCUAGCGCGCCCGGCGACCUGUCUACCACGCCCACCGCCCGCGCGACGCGUUUCCCAUGACUCGGCGCAGGCUCGGCGCUGCAGCAUACACGGUGGUAUGGAUAUGCGCGCUGCCCGUCGAGCUGGCAGCGGCGCAGGUGAUGCUUGAUGAGGAGCAUCUGCCUCACGACGACGUCAGCUCGACCCAGUACACGCUGGGCCGCAUCGGUAGCCACAACGUCGUCCUGGCGUGCCUGCCGGCCGGCCAGAUGGGCAUCGGCGCUGCUGCAUUCAACGCAGGGCAAGCCAUGUCCAACUUCACGUCGAUCCGCUUCGGGCUGAUGGUGGGCAUUGGCGGCGGAGCCCCCAGCGCGGAGGCGGACGUGCGACUGGGAGACGUCGUGGUCAGCCAGCCGGUCCGGCAGCACAGCGGGGUGGUGCAGUAUGACUUUGGCAAGACGGGACAAGGCGGACAAAUGACGCGGACAGGAUCGCUGAACGCACCGCCCAAGGUACUGCUCCAUGCCGUUGCUCAGCUAAGGGCGCACCACUACCAGGGCAGAGAUCGUCUCGCAACGCAUCUGUCGACCUUUGAUCAACGCCCGUACUUCAGCCGCGAGAAAGCUGGGCCUGACGUUCUGUUCGAGGCGACAUACCAUCACGAUGGCGGAGCGACAUGCGAGCGGUGCAGCAAGGACCAUGUAAUACAUCGCACGGCGCGAAGAGCUGACGAGGAAGUCACCAUCCACUAUGGCACGAUAGCGUCUGGCAACCAGGUGAUCAAGGACGGGGCGACGCGGGACCGGCUGAGCGAGGAGCUGGGCGGGGUGCUGUGCUUCGAGAUGGAAGCGGCGGGCCUGAUGAACGACUUCCCGUGCCUGGUGAUGCGAGGCAUCUGCGACUACGCCGACUCGCACAAGAACAAGGCAUGGCAGCCAUAUGCGGCAGCGACGGCAGCAGCAUGUGCGAAAGUUAUCUUAUCACUUAUUCCUGCGGCGGAGGUGGUGAAAACCGCAGCAGUGGGAGAAGCCUGCAAGUACCGCGUCCCCUUCAACCUCAAGGGUGUGCCUGUGGGGAAGUUUACAGAGCGGCUGAGGGACACGCAAGCGCUAGAGCGAGCCCUUUUGCCGCACGAGGGUACGAAAGAGCGGCGGUUGCUGGUAGCCUACGGCCUGGGCGGCAUGGGCAAGACGCAGCUGGCAGCCAACUUUGCCCGGCGACAGCAGCACAGCUUCUCGUCGGUGUUGUGGCUAGAUGGGAGCAGCGAGAGCAGCCUCAAGCUGAGCUUUGCGGCGUUUGCGAGCCGUAUCCCAGCAGGACAAAUCGCCGAGGCCAGCAGGCUGUACGCCGCUGGCCAGGGCGGCGACGUCGGCGUGGUGGUGAGGGACGUGCUAGGCUGGUUGAGCAUAGCGGACAACAGCGACUGGCUGCUGAUAGUGGACAAUGUGGACCGAGACGAUCAACGGCGCGAAGAGGACGCGGAGGCGUACGACAUAGGAGAGUAUGUCCCGGAGGCUGACCACGGAUCGGUGCUGAUCACGACCCGUCUUUGGCAUUUGGGCCAGCUUGGAGAGCGGUGGGAGGUGAGGAAGGUGGACAAGGGGCAGGCGCAGGCCAUCUUCAAGACAUGGUACGGGAGAGGCGUGGGUGACGACGCUAACACCAUCACAGGUCAAGAGGGCGACGAGCUAUUGGGACUGCUCGACGGGCUGCCGCUGGCCCUGGCGCAGGCUGCUGCGUACAUGAGUGAGACAGGUACAAGCUUCAGCACCUACACUCGGCUGUACAGGGAGCAGUGGCGGGAGCUGAUGGAGCCACACGACGGCAGGCGCAUGCCGCUGCGGAGCUACGCAAACGGCAGCGUGGCGACGACUUGGACGAUAUCGUACAUGGCUGUCAAGGCAAGGAACAAGGCGGCCGCGAACCUGCUGCUUCUGUGGGCGCAUCUGGGCAACAAGAGCCUGUGGUAUGGUCUGCUUGCCGCUGCAUCGCAGAAGUCGGCCGUGGCUGCAGAGCGAACAGCAGCAUGGCUUGGAGAGAUGGCGCGCAGUGAGGUGGAGUUCUUCAACGCUAUUGGGAUGCUCCGGAGCUACUCUCUGGUAGAGGCGGGGGACCAGACAGGCCACUCAACGCACCCGGUGGUGCACCAGUGGGCGCUGCACAUGCAAGACGACAGGCAACGAACCGCGCUGUCAUGGCUAGCAGUUGUGCUUGUUGGGCUAGCGGUGCCGAUGGAUACCGAGAAGAAGUACAGGGAGACGCAAGCGCGACUUCUUCCGCAUGCAGAGCGGUGCGAGAAGAGCAUAGAAGGGGCUGCGCUAGGAGCAGAGCACACGUCGACGCUGAACACAGUCAACAACUUAGGUCUUCUCUACAGCGACCAGGGAAAGCUAGACGAGGCAGAGAAGAUGUACAUGCAGGCGCUAGAAGGCUACGAAAAGGCAGUCGGGCAAGAGGCUAUCUCCACCUUCAGACCGGCGCUCAACGCAAUGUGGGAUCUUGGUUCCCUCUUCGACCGCCAGCGUCGAGUAGAGGACGCCAUACUGUUGUAUGCAAAAGCACUUGCAGGCUACCAGCAGGUGGUUGGAGACGACCACGCAAGCCUUCAAGCUUUGCGCGAUGCUCUUGCGGCUCUAGCACCAAAAGAAGACGUGACCAGGGCUGGGACAGAGAGGGUAUCAUAA